UAGCUCUAGCAUGGGUUCCAUGCAGCCUUGGUUGUAGUUCUAGCUACAUUGAACAAUCUUUUCACAUUGAAGAACCGACAUGUUAUAUUAUUGAUACGAAGCUAUUGGAAUUCGUGUAUUUCUGUGGGUUGAUCGAGUUAAGAAAGGGGCAGGGAGUUGCUGGGAGGGCAUAUCUGUCACAGAAACCUUGUUUCUGCAAAGACAUUACUAAAUUUAGCAUAAGUGAGUGCCCCUUGCUUCCGGAUGCAAGGUUAUUUGGGUUAAAGGAUUGCUAUGCAGUUUACUUGCGAAGCAACUGCGCUGAAAAUCCUGAUCAUAUACUUGAGUUCUUUUUAAAUCCCGAAAACAACUACAGUGAGGACCCAAUCUCAUUUCUGGGCCCGAUGUUAGAAACAUUGAGCGAACACUUUCCACGCUUUAAGCUUGCCUCUGGAGAACUCGGGGACGGGAUUGCAAUUGCAAUUAGUAAACCUUUGGAACCUGUUGCUUUGGAAAUUGUUAACUCUGGAAGGAAUUUAGUUAGUCCAGGGCAAAUUAGCAUUGCUGCUUCUCCAAAUUUAGUUAUGAGGGAGGAACUCAUGAAGCUUUCUGGAAAAGGAAUGAAAGAAGCCGCAGCAAUUAUGAAGGUGAGCAUAUACACGCUUAGGCGUAGAUGCAGAAAAUGUGGUAUCCAACGGUGGGGAUCGGAUUCUAGUUCAGAUCUGACUCUUGUGAAUCCAGUUAUUGCACCACAACCACGCGCAGGGAAUCCAGUUGCAACACCAUCAAGGAUCAUAAGUGCGACAUGUGGAGGUGACACCAUAAAAUUUACACUACCUCUUUCAUCCGGAAUGGUGGAAUUGAAAGAAAAAGUGUCCAUGAGGUUGGAGAAGCUAAUCGGCGGAAGUUACAAAAUUAAAUAUAAAGAUGAUCUCGGCAGCUGGAUUUUGAUGGCAUGCGACCAUGACGUACAAGAUUGUCUCAAUGACGUAAUGAAUGUUUCCAAUCCAUUCGAUUUGAAGGCAGUAAUCAGUAUGGUCAUUGAGCCGGUGAUCUGACUAAUUAUGUAGAGGAACAAAGGCCUCAUUUUGGUCGAUUAUGGGUUGCAUGGUUUAAAAUUGUUAUCUCAAAAAGGCAUCAUUUUGGCACGCAGUCCCUAGAGCUUCCUACUCCUCAAUCUGGAAGAGUAUAAUCUCAGUUAGAGAUAUAGUCAAAGAGAAUUGUUGUUAUAAAAUUGGUAAUGGCGACACUAUACAUUUUUUCUUUGACCCAUGGUGUGAUGGAGCCUUCAUUUCAGAAGUGUUUCAGCUCAGAAGGGUACAUGGAAUUCAUAGGAACAAACAGACAGUCCUGAUUGAUUUAAUUCGGGAGCAGCAAUGGAAUAAUUCCGGGUUCAACGAUGAGGUUCAAGACAUUCAUAUCUACUUCCAGAAGCACAAGAUUAAUGGGGGAGCGGACCAAAUGUUGUUGCAAUCAUCUCAAUCUUCUUUCAAACUGGUGUGGCAGGCAUGCAGAAUUAAGUAUCCUCUGGUUUUCUGGGAUGAUCUCAGCUGGAGUGGAGGUUGUCCGAGAUGGAGCACUCAUACGGUUCUUGUCCUUCAUAAGGCUAUAAUGACUAGCUCCUAUCUUCAGACAAGGGGAAUAUCUCUGGCAUUAGUUUGUUUCCUCUGUUGACGUAGUGCGGAAACUACUGAUCGCCUCUUUUAUAAUUGAGACUUCACCUGGCAGGUAUGGGCUGGUAUUUCCGACAUGUGCCAUUGGAACCUUCACAGAGGCAACUCAAUUCUAGAUGUGGCCCAAGAUUUUCAUCAGCGAUUUGGGGCCAAGUCGUUUAAAAAUAAGAUGAGCGGCGUGCCAUCAAAAUCCAGCUGCCGAGAUCAUCUUUAUAUUUAAUUUUGUAACUUCCGCCGAUUAGCUUCUCCAACCUCAUGGACACUUUUUCUUUCAAUUCCACCAUUCCGGAAGAAAGAGGUAGUGUAAAUUUUAUGGUGUCA